UAAUAAAUAUGAAAGUAACAACUACUAUUCUAUCUUUUUCAUCGAUCAUAUUGUUGAUAACAUUAUUAUUCAACAAUAUUGUGCACCAUAUUUACGACCAUGAUAAUAAAGCGAUGGACAUGUUCUGCAUGACUGAAACCUGUGAUAAUUAUAGUGAAAAUGUACUGAAAUUAAUAAAUAAUUCUGUUGAUCCAUGUGACAACUUUCAUCAAUAUGCAUGUGGAACAAUGAUUCGGAAUGUUUCCGAUAGAGGUUAUAUUACUGAUUUGAUUGAGAAAGUUCGUGAUGAGGUCGAAUAUAUACUUAAAAAAGGAUGGGAUCAAAAGAAAAACAAGACGAAUAGAAAAAUUGUUAAAUCUAGGUCUCUAGCUACAGAUUUGGCUAUUCGAAUCUUUCAACAAUGCACAAGAAUAACAAGUAAAAUAGCAACAAAAGAAGAAAUUUUAGAAGCAAUCAAUAAACAAUUUAACGGUCUACCGAUUUCAACAAAUUCAUCAUGGCCAUUGGAAUCGAAUAAGAACUCCAUAAAUAUAAAUUGGCUAGAUUUUUAUGCACACUAUUCAAAUGCAUUUGGUUAUGAGCCAAUAUUCAGAGUUGGGUAUUAUUUGAUGAAUAACCUUUAUAUUCAGAUUGAUUUUUGCUUUAUGGAGUUUCAAAUUUUUAAUUGUAAAGUUUUGUUAAAAUAUAUGAUGUCAAACAAAACAAACGAAAAGAGUGAAAAAGAAUACGAAAAAAUUUGCAAUGAAGUGAUCGAUUUUAGUGUCAAGCUAACUAAAUUUAAGCUAAAAUUUGGAGAAAAAAAAUUGUAUCAUUUGAAAGAAAUUGAAUCUGAUACUGGGCUGAAUUGGGAAAGUUUUUUUCAAAUAACACUUAAUUAUGGAAAAUCAUUUAGGAAAGAGAAAAACCCUUCGAUUAUCUAUGAUAAUGAACUUAUUAUUGUUGAAGAUGCGCUUCUUGAUGCUCUCAAAUUCAUUGAAAACACUCCCAAACAUAUUGUUUUUAAUUAUUUUUGGUUGAAAACGAUAGCAUAUUUUCUUAGCAAUAUAAAAACGACUGGAUUUUGUCCUGUUAGUUUCUUUUCUGAUCAAUUCCCAUUAAGCUUUGCAAUCGCACGCUUAUAUGUUGAUUAUUCAUUGAAACCUGGCUCGAAAUUGAAAGCUAUUCAUAUGGUAAACCAAUUAAAACAAUCGGCAAUUGAAUCGAUAGAAAAGAAUACAUUAUUUGAUGAUGAGACACGCGAAAAAGCUAUUGAAAAACUUCGGAGCAUAAUUGAUUUUGUCGGUUUGCCUGAAAAGUUUAUGAUUGAUGAACAACUUGAUGAAUUUUAUGGACUUCAAAGUUCGAUUGAUCCGAUGUUUGGAGAUAAUUAUUAUGAAUCAUAUGCUAAACUGUUAAGACACUAUAAACAUAUAAUGUUUGGAAAGAUGGGAAAUGAUUCUAUCAGUCUUCGAGGAAUUAAUUCCUUUUCACCAUUAAUAUUUAAUGGUUAUUAUAGCAUUUUGGCUAAUAGUAUCGAAAUCAAGCCAAUCUUAUUAAGAUUGCCAUUAUUUGAUACUGAACUACCGUUUUAUAUCAAUUACGCUAAAUUAGGUUAUAUAAUUGGCCAUGAAAUUUUUCAUUGUGUUGAUAAAACUGGUAUUAAAUAUGAUAAGAGUGGAGCUUUGCGAGAAUGGACCACAGACAAAUUUGAAAAAAAAUAUGAUGAUAAAACACAAUGUUUUAUUGAACAAUAUAGAAAUUACACUGAACAUUACUAUGGUCUUUCGCAAGAUAAUUCUACUGUAGGUGAAGAUGUCGCUGAUAAUGGCGGUUUACGUGUAGCAUAUAUGGCAUAUCAACAUGAAAUGAAACGUAUUCAAAACCUUGGAAAGCAACCGCAAUUAUUCCCUAAAUUAGUUGACAAAAAAAUGACAGUUGAACAAAUCUUUUUUCUAGCAACAGCUCAGUUUCAUUGUAGGUUUGUUACUCGAACUGAAUUGAAUGAUUGGUUCACUCAUGAUAUACAUUCACCCCCCGAAUCUCGUGUCAAUGUAUGCUUACAAAACUUUGAUAAAUUUGCAGAAAGUUUCAAUUGUUCGAUUGGAUCACCAAUGAAUCCAGAAAAACGUUGUCGUUUAUUUUGAUGUGAAUUGGGUGGUUUAUUUGUGGAAAUUGAAAUUUAGAACAAUGUGGAUCAGAAUUAUAAUUCAAUUAAUUUUACGUUGUAAACUAUAACUUGGAG